GGGGCUCCUGCGCAGGCGCAUUGCGGGCGGGCGCGCGGGGCGCGGGGCCGCGGUUUAAAGGGGCCGCGGCGCGGGGAGCCCGGAACCCCCCGGGAUCCCCGGAACUCCCGGAACCCCCGAGCCCCCCGGGACCCCCGAGACCGCCCCGGGGCUGCCGGGAACCCCCCGAGCCCGCCAUGGUCUGCGGAGGCUUCGCCUGUUCGCGCAACGCGCUCUGCGCCCUCAACGUGGUUUAUGUGCUGGUGGGGGUGCUGCUGGUGGCCGUGGCGGGCUGGGCGCGGGGCCUGGCCGGGGGCUCCAGCCCCCCCCUGCUCGGAGGAGCCUUCGCCGUCGGAGUCUUCCUCCUGCUGAUCGCGGCGCUGGGGCUGCUCGGGGCCCUGCGGCACCACCAGGUCCUGCUCUUCUUCUACGUGCUGAUCCUGGGCCUGGUGUUCCUGUGCCAGCUGGGCGUGUCCUGCGCCUGCCUCGCCCUGGGCCGCGAGGCUCAGGAGCGGCUGCUGCGCUCGGCCUGGCCCCUGCUGAGCGGGGGGGGCGCGGGGGGAGCUGCAGCGCCGGCUGGGCUGCUGCGGUUUGGGGGAGCCCCCCGGGACCCCCCCUCCGGCCAGCGCCCCCCCCCGGGCUGGAGCCCCCCUGGGAGCCCCCAAACUGCCCUGCUGAGGGGCCUGCGCUGCCCCCCCCACCCCCACAAGGUGCCAGUUCCCCCCGGGGGGGGGCCCCCCCGUGCCCCCCCCUGUGCCCCCCAACUGCUGCAGCACUCGGAGCAGGCCCUCAAGAUCCUGGGGGGGGUGGGGCUGUUCUUCAGCUUCACCGAGGUUUUGGGGGUCUGGCUCGCCCUGCGCUUCCGGAACCAGCGCGACCCCCGCGCCAACCCCGGCGCCUUCCUAUAGCAGGGGGGCCCCGGGGGGGCACAGCUCCUCUGGGGAGGGGUCCCAGCCCUGGGGGGGGGUCCGGAACCCCCGCGUGCUGACCAGCUGCCCCCCCCGCAGCCGCAUGAAGCACUGGGGACAAGGACACACCC